CUAAUUUAGUAGCUAUAAAUAGAUAUACAGCUAUUCAGAUAGAAGCUAAUGGAAUAAAUGAGGCCCUUAAUAAACCAGAAAAUGCAAUAGUUAAGUUAAGAGCUGUAGAAGUUGUACCUGGAAUUCAUUUUGGUCAAGCUAUAUGGUGGUUAAAAACUCAUUUUUCUAUAGUAGAAGAGGAGCUUCAGGAUAUAAUGUAUAGAACAAUCAGAAAGG